AUGCAGCUCACUACUCUGGUCCUCUCGGCUCUUGCGGGCAUCGCCUCUGCCCAACAGAAAGUCCAUGUCGUCGCUGUCGCCCAGAAUUCCACCCUCACCUUCUCUCCUUCCCGCCUGACCGUGGCACCCGGUGAAUUCGUCCAGUUCCAGUUCCACGCGGGCAACCACACGGUGACACAGUCAACCUUCGACCAGCCCUGCCAGCCGAUCGCCAUGCACAGCAACGUGACUGGCUUCCACUCGGGCUUCCUUCCGGUCUCCGCCAGCCUCGAGGCGGGUAUGAUCCCCACCUACACCAUCCAGGUCAACGACACCAAGCCGCUGUGGCUGUACUGCGCCCAGGGCAGGCACUGCCAGAAUGGCAUGGUAAUGGUUAUCAAUGAGCCUGCCAACAACGCGUCCCGCACGCUCGAGAACUACAAGGCUCUUGCCGCCCAGGCGACGACCAUCGUUCCUGGCAGCCCCGAGGCCGUAGCUGGCGGCGACAACAGCCAGACUGGCGGCAACAACGGUGGCGAUGCCGGUACUGGUACCGACAACAACGGCACUGGCCAGACCGCUGGUGCUGGCAUGCUCUCUGCCUCGGGUACCAUGGCUCUGGUUGCUGCUGUUGGCGCGGCGCUGCUGCUCUGA